UCGCGCUUCCUCCCCGUCAUCGCAAUUCACAACUCACAGCUUCGCACAAUCGCACUGCCUAAACAUCCGCCAGCAAUCAAGUCCUCUCUUCUGAUCUUCAAAUCUUAGCCAAGUCCUUCGCCAGCAACAGCAGCAGCAAGAUGGCUCGCUUUGCAGUGGUCGCCGCGAUCGUCGCCCUCCUCGCCAUCACCGCCGCCGCACAGGGCCCCAUGCCGGCGCCCAGGAUGGCCCCCCUCCCUGCACCGCCAGCGAGGUCCCCGGCCACCGCCCCUGCGCCGGUCGCCACUCCGCCUACCGCCGCGUCCCCGUCCCCGAUGGCAUCUCCCCCGUCCCCGCCCAUGGAGACCCCGACUGAAGCUCCUUCCGCGGUGACCCCCUCUGCUGUCUCUGCCACACCGGCCGGCGCCCCAACCGACGCCCCCGCGAGCUCGGCCGUAUACACGUCCACCGUCAGCUUCGUCGCCGUCGCCGGCGCGGUCGCCGCCGCCAUCGUGUUCUAAAUGGAGCGGAGACUACUCUGUUUUCGUGCUGUUCAUAUUACGUUAUUUAUUACUAGAGACAGAUCGAGGAAUGGUUUGACACCGCAUCGCGAUGUAAUCUUGCUACACAUGCAUGAGAUUAUCUUGAAUACAGAUUCUUUUAUUCGUUGCCA